UCCCCCCGCCGCCGCCAUUUUGUGUGUGUGCAGUGUGCGUGACCUUAGCGGCGGCGCCCCCUCCCGGCCUCGGACCUCCGAGAUGGCGCCGAAGGUGCUCGGCAGCGCGCUGGUCACCGCCAAAUGGCUCUCGGAGGCCGUGCGGGCCGGGCGGGUGGGAACGAGCCUGCGGGUACUGGACGCCUCCUGGUACCCGCCGCAGGAGCGAAAUGCUCGGCAGGAGUUCAAGGAGAGGCACAUCCCCGGGGCGUCCUUCUUCGACAUCGAGGAGUGCCGGGACAAAUCCUCCCCCUAUACCUUCAUGCUGCCCAGCGAGUCCCACUUCGCCGACUACGUGGGGCGCCUGGGGGUCAGCAAUGACACCCACGUGGUGGUGUACGACGGGGAUAAGCUGGGCACCUUCUACGCCCCCCGCGCCUGGUGGAUGUUCCGGGCCUUUGGGCACAAAGAGGUUUCAGUGCUGAACGGUGGCUUCAAGAACUGGGUGAAGGAGGGCCACCCGGUCACGGCGGAGGUCAGCCAGCCCGCCCCAGCCAUCUUUAAGGCCAGGCUGAACACAGCCCUGCUGAAGACCUUCGAGGAGAUGAUGCAUAAUGUGGGGUCCCUGCGGUUCCAGGUGGUGGAUUCCCGCCCUGAGGGCCCAUUCCGGGGUACCGAGCUGGACCAAGGGCUGGAAUCUGGUCACAUCCCUGGUGCUGUGAACAUACCCUUCCACUCAUUCCUAACAGAAACUGGCCAUGAGAAGAGUAUUGAGGAGAUCCAACAAAUAUUCCAUGAGAAGAAAAUAGAUCUCUCAAAGCCACUGACGGCCACAUGCCACAAAGGUGUCACGGCAUGUCACAUUGCCUUGGCAGCCUACCUGUGUGGCAAGCGUGAUGUGGCUGUUUAUGAUGGUUCCUGGUCAGAGUGGAUCUACCGUGCCCCACCUCGCUACAAGGUCUCUGAGUUGAAGCGCAAUAAGGCCUAGAGGGAGAGUUGUUUCUUGGGCAAUGAGAUCUAGCAGCUGUCUCCAGCCCAGAGUACAGGGAAAGGGAGGAGGCAGAAGUAGAGAAAAAAUAUACUGAUUUAUGUUUUGCUAGUUUCUCUAAGUAUGAUCAGUAGAUUUCUAUUGAUCUUCAGGUUUCUCACAGUGAAUAAAAUAUAAGGCGAUGAA